AUGGAUGUCAUCAACUCACCCGCUCUUCCGCCGCAGGUUCUUUGCUUGGCCAAUGCCGUUUCAUUUCAGAUAACUCGGUUUACUCCUGAUUUAAGCGCCAUACUCUAUCGAGGAGAUGCAAUAGCUUCAGUUGGAGAAAUUGAAUUCAACAAUGUUGAUUAUCUUUAUCAGAUAAAUUUGAAGGAGAUUCUUCCUCAAUGGGCUGCAGUUGGAUUUUCAGCUGCCACAUGUCCGUAUGUUGAAAGACACACACUUGAAUCAUGGGAGUUUAGCUCGAACCUCGAUAUAGCAAAGACGCGUGGGAGUAAAGCAAAGAAAAUUGGAUUAGUUGCAGACUUAACAGCAGCUGGAGCAAUCUUGAUUGUGGGUAGAUUAAUAGUAAUUGAAGCUUUAAGGAGAAACAAACAAUCUGCUACGGCCAAUUUGGAAAUGGCUGCCAACUCGACAACUUCUACCAACGAUGAUUUAGAAAAGGGGGCAGGACUUUUCUGGGUGGAAAGUCAGUACUGAAUCUAUGAUACGGCUGCUUGAAGAUCCUGAGAAACAGUAUCAGCUGUAUUUGGAGAAAGAGAGGGAAAAGGAUCAAAGUGAUGAUGAAGAACGUCCCAGUGAUGAGGAGGGUGAGGUGGAAGGAGGACUAUUUGAAAAUACUAAUAUAAGUGACAGCCAGGGCAAAGUGGACGAGA